AUGUUGUCGUAUGACAACCUUGAAGGGGUGGAAUUAGCAUUAAAGAGGAGCUUAACGGUGGCAAAGAGAUUAUGGUUUAGUUAUUUGGCUCAUAAAUCCGAUUACAUAUUGUAUACACAUAAUUGUUUAUUUGUGUUUUUGGUGUUUUCUUUGGUACCGUUGCCCUGGGCAUUAGUGGAGUUGUAUUGGUUCUACGCCGUCGAUAGAUUCAAGCUUCAACCGAGAGUGAAGAGAUCGUUCCCGGAGUUGUUUAAAUGUUACAAAGAUGUUCUUCAUCAGUUUAUCUUUGUGGUUGCCCCUCUCAUUAUUGUUUCUUUCCCUGUUUUAGAGUGGGUUGGGAUUCAUACGAGUUUGCCACUGCUAACAAAAUGGGAGGUAAUUAGCCAAUUGAUAGUGUAUUUUCUAGUGGAGGACUACACCAACUAUUGGAUUCAUCGGUUCCUACAUGCGCUACAAUGGGGUUACGAGAAAAUUAAUUACAUUCAUCAUGAAUAUAAUGCCCCAAUAGGGUUUGCAACACCUUAUACCCAUUGGGUUGAAAUCUUAAUUUUGGGGAUCCUAACAUUCCUUGGUCUAGCUAAGGUUCCAUGCCAUAUGAUCACAUUAUGGCUAUGGUCAUCUCUAUGCCAAGUUAAAGCCAUCGAGACCCACAGAGGGUAUAAUUUUCCUUGGAAUUCCACCAAAUUGAUACCAUUUUAUGGAGGGCUAGCGUAUCAUGAUUUUCAUCACUUUGCUGGGAGACAAUGCCAAAGCAAUUUUGCCUCUAUUUUUACAUAUUGUGAUUAUCUAUAUGGAAUAGACAAGCUUGAGGAGCAAGUGAAGAAGCACUAA